AUGAGUGACAUUUCCAGUACAGGGCGGUUGUUAAAAGGCUCUGCGAGAACGUGCCAGAAUUGUGCCCGGGCCAAGAUUCGAUGCGUACGCUCUUCCCCGGGGGGCAGCUGCGAUCGGUGUGGCCGCUUAGGGAAGGCCUGUCACUUUCAGCCGGGGAGACGACCAAAUGGCACUGCCAACCCUAACACCAGCCGAGAGGACAAGAUCAAUGCGCUGGAAGCUAAACUGGACCGGCUUCUUGCUCAGUCAGUCGACACAGAGCCGCCUGCAGUGGUCGUCGAUGGUCAAGAACCGUCAGAAGCUCCAGCAGCACAAUCUAGAGAUGUCAUCGAUCAGGGCUAUCUGACCCUCGAGGCGGCAGACCGGCUGCUUCAUGACUACAAGACUACCAUGAUGCCUUAUUGUCCCUUCGUGCCAAUUCCAUCAGACGCGACCGCCGCGUCUUUGCGUAAAGACAAACCAUUUCUGUUUCUCACUAUUCUCACCACAGCAUUGCAUGAUAAUAUGCCUUUGCAACGGAAAUUAGAAGUGCAAGUCAAACGGGCAAUCGGCCAUUCUAUGAUCCAUGACGGGCCUGUCACAUGUGAGAUGCUUCAGGGCAUUUUAGUCCAUUUAGCCUGGUGUCAAUAUCAUGCACGGCCACGACGCGUGACUCAGUACCUGCAUCUGGGGAUCAGUAUCAUUACGGAUCUGCAGCUUGACCGUGACCCUGCCGAUCGAUUCUGGAAACAACGAGUCGGGUUCGAUCGUGCAGAUUCGCGAGGAGCCGUCUCCUGGGGCAACGAGGAGAGAAGAGCCGUGAUAGGUUAUUUCUGGUUCUCAUCAUGUGUCUCACAGAUCUUGCAAAAACGCUCCUCGUUUCCAUGGGUGCCGUAUCUCGAGGCAUCGUGUGAAUUUUUGGCCUCGAAUCCAGAGUAUGAGUGCGAUCGGAUUCUAUCACAUAUUGUCGAGCUCCAACGCUUGUAUGAGAGAGUCGCACAGGUAUCUUCGCUACACAAGCCCGACACUCAUCACACAGAUGAGCUGGAAUACGACUACCGUCAAAUCCGAACACAGCUGGAUCUGUUUCGGAGUCGACUACCAUUUGUGUUGAAUGACAAUGAAAUUCUUUUCAUGCAAUUCUACGCGAUGGAACUCUACAUAUGUCAAAUCCUUUUGUUCGAUGUAAAGCCGGAUUCUCAGCAUCCACGACAUAACUCCCCGUUCCAAGUGGAGAUCCUUCGAAUGGGCCUUGCUGCGGCGCGCACUAUGCUAGAAUUCUGGACGUCAUUGCCCCUGCGCCGUGAGGUGAUAUUCAACAAUACAUCUUGGACACAGCUUGGAUUCGCCGUCACGCUAGCUUGUAAGCUUGUGGUAGCAGCGUCAGAACCGCCAGUUCGACCACUCACCGCUGACCUGAUUGCCGCAUUGAAUCUGUCCAACACGCUCAGCCGAUGUAUUCUGCGCAUGCAAGCGCUAGUGACGGCCCAGAUGGACGCCAAAGGAGACCGUGACGUCUUUUAUCAUUAUGAGAAACGUCUCAAACAAGCGCAGUGGUGGUUUGAGAGCCGUGCUCUAUCUCAGUCGGAACAGGAUCAAAGCCCCGCAAACACAAUGGACGAACCAUCAAGCCUCAGUAUCCCUCAGAUGUCAUCGCAAGAUGGGCUUCAGACUUACUACGGCAAACUUGGGGAUGACUUCAAUUUUCAAUGGCCCGGAUUUUUCCCAACUCGCGUAUUUGAAGAAUACUUCGCUGGAUGGCCAGAGCAGGAGUCGAUGACGUACGAAGAGACAUUUUUAUAG